AUGGUACUCCCAGAUCCAACCCUGGCCCUCGACUGGAGCUACAUUGGGGCCAUCCACGAAAUCUUCCACAAAAAUGCUCGAGCAAACCCCGACAGGCCCUGCGUCACGGAGACGGCCUCCUCUACCACCCCCCAGAGGCGGUUCACCUACAACCAGAUCUAUGAGGCGUCCAAUGUACUCGCCCACCAGCUCCGUGACGCCGGCAUCACCAAUGGCGAUGUCGUCAUGAUCUUUGCCUAUCGCUCCGUCGAGCUCGUUGUUGCCUUCAUGGGCACUCUCGCAGCCGGUGCGACCAUCACCGUGCUCGACCCCGCGUACCCCCCGGCGAGACAACGAAUUUACCUCGAGGUAUCCCAGCCAAAGGCCCUGGUCUUGAUUGGAAGGGCUAAGGACGAGAACGGUCCGUUCGCGCCGCUGGUACAGAAGUACAUAGACGAGGACCUAUCACUUAAGACGCAGGUUCCCGAGAUGCGGAUGGCCGACGACGGCUACCUCUCGGGCGGCGAGCUCGAUGGCAAGGACAUCUUUGCCGAUGCUCGAAGCAAGUCAUCGGCGCCUCCCGCUGUUUUAGUUGGGCCAGACUCGACGUCCGUCCUCUCUUUUACCAGCGGCUCCGAGGGGCGACCUAAAGGCGUUUUGGGCAGACAUUUCAGCUUAGCCAAGUAUUUUCCUUGGAUGGCCGAGCAGUUCAGGUGGUCCUCGGAGACCAAGUUCGCGUGCCUCUCGGGAAUUGCUCACGACCCGAUCCAACGUGAUAUUUUCACCCCGCUCUUCCUAGCCUCCGAGUUAAUCAUCCCGGCCCGAGAGAACAUCCAGCAUGAGAAGCUAAGCGAGUGGUUUCGUGACCACAAGCCCAAUGCCACCCAUCUGACGCCCGCCAUGGGCCAGAUCCUGGUGGGAGGCGCAACCGCAGAGUUCCCUUCCCUGCAGUGGGUUCUCUACGUCGGUGACAUCCUGACCAAGAAAGACUGCGCUGCGCUCCGCAAGCUAGCACCCAACGCAGGAAUCUGCGCUGCCUACGGCACCACCGAGACGAGCCGAAGCGUUUCUUACUACCAGAUCAAGAGUCGCGCUGAAGACCCGGAUGCCUUGGAUAGGUUUGGCGAUAUCGUCCCUGCUGGAAAGGGCAUCCAAGGUGUCCAGCUACUCAUCGUCAAUCGGGAGGAUUUCACCAAGCUCUGCGGUGUUGGUGAAGUUGGUGAAAUUGUCAUGAGAGCGGCAGGCUUGGCAGAGAUGAGUACCCCCUUUUGUGAUUUGAAGAUCUCUGCUAACAUUUAUUCUUACGGAUAUCUGGCCGACCCGGACAAAAACAAGGAAAAAUUUCUGGAUAACUGGUUCGUCGACAACAACAAGUGGGUUGAGGCCGACAACAAGGUCGCCGAUUACGCCAACGAGCCCUGGAGGAAAUACUACAAAGGACCCCGUGAUAGAAUCUACCGUACUGGUGAUCUCGGACAGUAUCUCGAUGAAUCCGGUGUGGUUGCCAUUUCGGGUAGGGCCGACAGCCAGGUGAAGAUUCGUGGCUUCCGCAUCGAGCUCAACGAAAUCGACAGCAACUUGAGAGGCCACCCUCUGAUCCGCGAGUGCAAGACCCUACUUCGAAGAGAUCAAAAUGAAGAGCCGACACUCGUCAGCUAUAUUGUGUCUGACUAUCAAGAAUGGGUCAAGUGGCUGGCAGACCGCGGCCUUGGGGACACCGAGGAAGAGGGCACCCAGAUCGGACCCGUCGUUGUGUAUCAUAAGCGCUUCAGGCCAAUGCAAACGGAAAUUCGGGAUCAUCUCAAAUCUAAGCUGCCAGCCUACGGCGUUCCAAGCUAUUACAUCUUCCUCAACAAGAUGCCUUUGAACCCGAACGGCAAGGUAGACAGUCCGAAUCUUCCGUUUCCAGAUGUUGCCUUGAUCUCGGACGAGGCUUCAGAGGACGAUUUGAGGAGCUGGGAGGCCCUCAGCGCCACCGAGAAAGAUCUGGCAGAGCAGUGGGCGACGCUGAUCCGUGGCCUGAAUGCCAAGACCCUUCGACCUGAGUCGGAUUUCUUCGAGAGCGGUGGGCAUAGCCUGCUGGCACAGCAGCUUCUCUUAAAUAUUCGCAAAAAGAUGGGCACCAACGUUUCCAUCAACUUGCUUUACGCCAAAUCAUCGCUCAAGGCGCUCAGCGCACAGGUCGACCGUCUGCGGGAGGGAAAGGAUGAUGGCGCCUUGGUGGAGGAGGGCGAGCCCGCCUAUUCCCAGUCGCUCGACAAGCUGCUUGACAGGCUGGAUGCCAAGUAUCAGACGGCCGACCCUACCACGCUCACUCCGGAAGGCAAGACUACCGUCUUCAUGACCGGCGCUACAGGUUUCCUGGGCUCUUACAUCGUGAAGGACUUGCUUGAGCGUAAGAACGUUGACGUGAUCGCGCAUGUCCGCGGGACCAAAGACGUCCCAGCCGCCCUCGAGCGACUUAAGAGGUCUCUCCGCGGGUACGGCGUCUGGCGGGAUUCCUGGGCAGAAAGACUAAGCGCCGUCAUUGGCGACUUGUCGCAGCCGCGCCUUGGGCUUGAUGACGAGACAUGGCAAGCGGUUGGCGACGCGGCGGACGUGAUCAUUCAUAACGGUGCCCAGGUCCAUUGGGUACAGCGGUACAAGCAUCUUGAGCGGAGCAACGUGUUGUCGACGCUCGAUGCCCUAGGGCUCUGUAACCAGGGCAAGCCUAAGCUCUUCUCCUUUGUCAGCUCAACAAGCGUCCUGGAUACAGAUCACUACAUUAAGCUAUCGCAGGACCAGACCAGCACGGGACAAAGCGCCGUCAUGGAAGCGGAUGACUUGAUGGGCAGUCGGGUCGGUCUCGGUACUGCCUACGGCCAGACCAAAUGGGUAUCCGAACAGCUCGUCCGCGAGGCUGGCAGACGAGGUCUUGUCGGUUCUGUCGUUCGACCUGGCUACAUUCUGGGGGACGCAUCGACUGGUAUUUGUAACAACGACGACUUCCUCAUUCGCAUGCUCAAGGGCUGCAUCCAGCUGUCGAGCCGCCCACGCAUCGUCAACACGGUCAACGCCGUGCCAGUAGGCCACGUCGCCCGCGUCGUCGUCGCAGCUAGCUUUAAUCCCGUCUCGGCCGAGCCUGCCACCAGCGGCGGCGACGUCGGUGUCCACGUCAUCCACGUCACGGCCCAUCCGCGUCUGCGUAUGAACGAGUAUCUCUCUACGCUGAGCUACUACGGCUACAACGUGCCAGAGGUGGACUACAACGAUUGGAAGGCCCAGCUUGAAACCUUUGUUUCAGCUAGUUUCGUCCAGAAGGACGAGGAACAGAGCGCCUUGAUGCCCCUGUUCCACAUGGCGACGAACGACCUUCCAUCGACGACGCGCGCGCCGGAGCUUGACGAUCGCAAUGCCGUCGUCGUGCUCAAGGCCGAUGCAGACCGGUGGACAGGCGUCGACGAGAGUGCAGGCGAGGGUAUCAGCAGGGAGACGGUCGGCCGCUUUCUAAGGUACCUGGCCGAGACGAAGUUCCUGGCGUGGCCAACCAGCCGGGGCAGGGAGCUACCGGCCGUCGCGGUCGACGUUGCGCAGGCACAGUCGCAGUGGGGUGUUGGUGGGCGUGGUGGUGCGGCGUGA